UCCACAUGUGGAUACUAUCGCAAAAAAAACGCACUGUUCUUGGAAACAAUUUCAUCAUUUUGUAAAUUUUUCUUUUCAUUUUCCAAAUAGAUCGACAAUGGAAUCAUCAAACAUUAAUCAGAAUAAUGAAUUUCGAUUCGAAUCGGAUACAGUAUCAUUGGAAGAUAUUCGUCAACAAGUUGUUGAGAAAACACAAAAUAAACAAUCGACAAAUACAAGAAAUUUGUUUCUGGAUCUAUUCGAUAGUGUUGGACAAAUAUCAUCGAAAUUUCGUGAUCAUACCGAUAAUGAUUGUAAGGUUGGCCUACCUGAAUGGUCGGAUGAUGAACGUAAAUCAUUGGAAACGGCCGUAAAUGUAACAAUGGAAAAAUUGAUUAAACUUUCGGAUAAAUGUCAAAUUGAUUUGGCUGAUGCAACUCUGAAAAAAAUGGAUAAAAAUAGACAAAAAUAUCCAGUUGAAAAAGCAUUUGGAAUGAUAAUCAUUUCAGGAUUUCGUUCCUAUAAAUAUUGCCUAAUCGAUGAUCUAUGUCCCGGUUUGAAUGUAAUUGUCGGAUCGAAUGGUUCGGGAAAAUCAAAUCUAGUGAUGGCAUUAGAAUUUGUAUUGACACAAAAUUAUAAUCGUUUAAACGAACAACAACGAUUAUUGUUAAUGUGUAAUCAAAAUCAGUCGAAUAAUGGAUCUGCAAAAACAAUCGAAGCAUUUGUCGAAUUACAUUUCGAUAAUGAGGAUAAAUUUUUCCCUGUAAAUGAACCAUUAGUGAUUAUUAAACGUCAGAUAACACGAACAAAUGACAAUUUUUUUAUCAAUGGUAAAUUGGCUAAAAAUGAUGAAUUGAUGGCAUUCUUGGAAAGUGGUGGUUUUUCCCGAGAUAAUUCGUACUUUAUUGUAAAACAAGGUCUUGUCACGGAUAUUGCUACAAGUAAUCCGAAAAAAAUUCUCGACAUAUUACGUUGUAUGAGUGGUGCACAAAAAUUUGAUCAGAAAAAAAUCGAAGCAUUGCAAUUGAUCAAAGAAAACGAGCAAUUAGUUCAACAAAUUGGAAUGAAAAUUCAGCUUAUGGAAGAUGAACUAUCGAUGCUAAACAUCGAUACCGAAGCAAUUCAACGAUAUGAACGAUUAUCAAAAAUUAAAAAAUACCUAACAAGUCGAAUCAAACAAAUAACAUUGGAAGAAUUACAACAGCUACGUCAAGAACAUCAGCAAGAAUUUGCUCAAAGUCAAAUAAAUCUGGAACAAUAUCAACAAAAUCUUUCGCAAAUUCAAGAAUGUUUGGAGGAAAAAAAACAACAACGUCGAGAAAUUCGUAAUGAAAUUUUAGAUUUAAAAACAAAAUUUGAAUCAUCAAAACUUUUAAUGGAAACAUUGAUGAAUGAAUUGAGUGAUCUGCGCCAACAACGACAAUCAUACGACCAACAGAUUGUCAAUAAUGAUUUGGAACAAAUCGGUUCAUUAAAACAGGAAUUAGCCGAAGAAGAUUCAAAACUAAAAGAUAAAAUUGAAGAAUUAAAGGAUAUUUCGAAAGUGGAAAAAGAAUUGCAAGAUAAAUUAAAAUCAUUGGCAAGUAAACGUAUGAAUUAUUUGAAUUGGAUUCAAUUGGUUCAAUCAACAACUGGUGAUUCACAGGAACAAGAUUUAUUAAUCCACGAUAGAUUUUUGCAACCUUUAAAUGAACAAAUUCAAGAACUUCAAAUGGUGAUUACAAAUCAACGUGAAGAAACAUUGCCAAAUUUGAAAUCGAAAAAAUCCGAACUGAUGAAAUUGAUGAAGAAAAGUUCGGAUGAACGAAAAUCUCGAUUACAACGAUCAGAACCAUUGAAACAAGAAUUGGCCGAUUUGGUUUUCCAACAAAAAUCGAAUAAACUAGAGCUAUGCAAAAUUAUGAGUCAAUUGACCGAACUGCAAAAAGAAUCAAUUUCAAUCAAAAACGAUGUUAAAGAAAUGGAAAAUCGUCUGGAUAUUUUUGGUUCCAUAAUGAAAACCAAACACAGCAUUCAACAAGUUUUGCAAUCAUUUCAAUCAAAACUAAGCAUCGAAGACGAUGGUGAUGAUGAACAACGACAACACGCUGAACGUAUUAUAAAUGGCUACCAUGGACAAGUAAUAGAUUUUAUUGAAUUGGUCAAACCAGUCAAUUAUGCUAUGGAGGUAUUGUUGAAAAAUAAUCUAUUUUAUCAUGUUGUUUCGGAUGAAAGUAUUGCCAUCGAAUUGUUGAAUGAAAUUUCACGAUUGAAAUUGUUUGGAUCGUUCAAUUUUUUGGCUGGGAAUCGUUUGCCAUUGGAAAAUGAGUCAUCGAUUGGACGUGGCUUAGAUAAACUAUGUCAGCCACUUUUCAAUUGUAUACGUAACAAACAGCCAAAUAAUGAACUGAUUGAAAAUGUUUUGCGUCAUAUUUUUAAUGGUCUUUAUAUUGGACGAUCAUUUCAGGAUUGUUGGACAUUGUUUCAGAAGAGUCGAAAUUGUGAUUUUGCUACGCUCGAAGGCGAAAUGAUCGAUCAUAGCGGUGUGAUUCGAAAAGUUAGAAAGAAUCAACUGACCAAAUUUGAAUUGUAUCAAAAAUUGUUGGUCAAUCAAAGACGGUUGAAAGAAAUUCACGAAAAAAUCGAACAAUUAGAAUCGGAUCGUGAUCGAAUUUUGAAUGAAAAUCUUGAAGCCCAUCGCCAAGAAACGAUGAAAAAACAAGAAUUAUCCGAAUUACGGGAUUGGAUCCAGAAACAAAACGAAGAAGAAGUGGAUUCAAACGAAUCAGUUAUGGCCAAAAAAUUGGAACAAAUUGAAAAAGAAAUUGAAUUCGAAAGAAAUUGUCUGUGUUCAAAUGAAACACGAAUGUCUUGUUUGGUUGAAGAGAAAAAUUUCUGGCAACAAAAAUCCAAAUCUGAUCCCGAUGUUUUACAAUCAGAAAUUCAAGAUCUCAACGAACAAAUCGAAGCCGUUGAAAGUGAAAUUCAUCACACUUCACAUAAACGAACAUUAACAGAAAAAUUGAUUCAGGAUUUGAAAUUAUCCACACAAAAAUUGAAAACAAAAAUAAUGCAAAUUGAAUAUGAUCAAUCAAAUCAACAAUCAGCGAUCAAAAAUUGUGAAAAAUUUGAUCAAUUUGAACGAGAAUGGAAUGAAAAGAUUGAAAAACUCCAUCGAAAAAUUUCUGAAUUCAAUCAAACGCUCACAACUAAAUCACAAUCGAAAUGUGAACUUGCAAGCGAAAUAGACCAUUUGGAACAGGAAUGGGAAAAAGCAAAGAAUGAAUUGGAAACAUUGCAAAAAUCCUUUCAAAUCAAAGAAGAUGAACGUAAAAAUCUUGAUUCGCAAAUUCAGAAUAUUAUGGUCGACAUUGAACAAGCUGGAUUGUUUUCGAAUGAUUUUAUACGAAAUCUUGAUAGUCAAUAUCGGAAUCUAAAUACAAUCGGCCAAAUGAAUAAAGCUGUAAAAGACUUGAAUCGUCAGCUGAACCGGUUGAUUCCUGGCGGGAAAAUCAAUCAUGAUUUAUUGGAAGCAUAUGAUGAACAUCAUCAGGCUAUUGAUCAUUUGAAACGUGAAAAAGAAAUACAAAUUAGGAAUGCAGAAAAGAUCUACGACCUAAUUCGAAUAGUCGAACGACGAAAAAAUGAAAUUAUUAUGCGCACAUAUAAGCAGGUUAAUGUUAAUUUCAAAGAAAUUUUUAAACAAUUUGUGCCAGGUGGUGUAGCUUCGUUGCAAUUUAUCACGCGUAAUGUUGAUUCAUCAAUGGAAUCAUCAUCAUCAUCAACGACAACAACAACAGCUACAACAUCGAAUGGUUCGAAUGAGACUAGUAUUAGAAGUGAAACAAUAACGGAUCCAUCAUCAUCAUCAUCUAAUUCAAUAUCUUCGCAAUUAUCGCAAGAGCAAUUCAUCGAUAGUGUGGAUGCAUUCGUAGGCAUUGAAAUUGUUGUAUCAUUUCAGGAAAAUGUCGAACCAAUACGUGAUUUAUUAUCACUUUCAAGUGGACAGAAAACACUAGUUUCUAUGGCUUUUGUUCUAGCUUUGCAGCAAGUUGAUCCAACACCAUUCUAUAUAUUUGAUGAAUUGGACCAAAAUCUUGAUCCACAAAGUCGUCAACUGAUUGCUCAAAUAAUUCAUGAUCAAAUUUCACCACGACAACCAUCAGAACAACAACAUAGACAAUUUAUCAUCACGACAUUUAAAACACAAUUGGUUGAACAUUCGGAUCGCUGUUAUGGUGUUAAAUAUGUUAAUGGGAUAAGCCAAGUAAAACGUAUUAGCAAAAUAUCGGCAUUGGAAUUUUUGUCAACAAUACCCGAAACAAAAAUCAUUACUGACAAUAAAUGAAAUGAAUAAAUUUUUUAAUUUUAUUAAGUUUUCUUUGCUCUUUGUAUUGCUUUAAA